CAGAUUAGUAAAGAGUAUUGAUUUCAUAUGGGCAAGCCUGGAAAGUUAUAAUGGUGAAUAAGGAAAAGGAAGUAGUUGACCAGCAGAAAAUUGAUUCUAUCAACGACGAUAAUAGCACAGCCAGCGACCACAAAAAUGUAUCUGAUGAAUAUACUGACACAGACUCAAAGACCUCAGAUCCUACAAAUUUGCACAAUAAUAAUGAGGAGCUGGUGAACUGUUCCAUUGAUCAACAGACUCAUAUAAAAGAUAUUAAUAGCGUCAAAACUACAGUCAGUGAAUUUAACAACACAAAAAAUACCGAUAAUAAUGAUAGCAUCACUCCUAAAGAUCAGAUAGAUACUAACAUAGCAAAAUUGACUGCAAGAGUUAAUGACUUAGAUUUGAAGUUGAAAGAAAAAAAUGCUAUUAUUGAGGAGUUAAGGCUGAAAGAUAUUUCAGAUAGUUCUAAUUUGAAUGUUAAUAAAAAUAAAAACCACUACGAAGUUAUAAUUGAUGAAUUAAAUAAUAAGUUGGAGCACUCUCAGUCUGAAAAAUCAAAAUAUGAAUCCCAAUACAAUGCUUUACUAAAUAAAUUAUCUGGAAUGAAAUCAGUUUUUCAAAAAAUGAAAACCUCACAAAAUGAUAUAACAUUAAUGAAUGAAAAAAUAUUGACAUUAAAUGAACAAAUCUCAGGUUUGAAAAAUGAUAACAUAUUAGCUCAAAAAGAAAACAAUGAUCUCAAAAAACAGUUGAAUUCAAUGAAAUUUGAAAAUGAUGGCGUCGUUUCUGCUUUAAAUUCAAAAAUGAGUGAUUUAAAUAAAGAUUUGACAAAAAAAACAAUCACUAUAAACAAUUUGAAUAAUUCGAUUCAGGAUUAUCUAAUUUUAAUUGAUGAAAAUAAGAUAUUAGUCAACACUUUAAAUAAUCAAAUUGUAACUUUAAAAAACUUGAACGAAGAGAAAGCUGUGCAAAUUAAUUUGAUUAACCAAGAAAAAAAUGAAUUGCUUCAAAAAUACUCAAUUAAUCUGGAUAAUUUAAACAAUAAAAUUCUUCAGUUUUCUGAUAAAAAUGAAGAAUUACUCCAGAAAAACAAUAAAUUAGUUCAAAACCAUAAGGAACUGGUCUUUGUUAUUGAAUCAUUAAAAAAUCAACUUUUAGAAAAAGAUUUAGAAAUUACUAAGCUAAUCAAAUUUGAAAAAGAAAUUAAAGAAAAACAGUUAAUUAUUGGGAAAUUAAGACACGAGGCCAUUAUUUUAAAUGAACAUUUGACAAAAACAUUUAAAAAAAUACAAAAUAUUGAAAGCAACGAAAAUUCAAGUGUUGAUAAAGAAUUAAUCUCAAAUUUAAUUUUAAAAUUUUUAUCUAUUCAAAGAGGUGAUGCCAAAAAAUUUGAAGUUUUGAAAUUAAUAAGUAGCUAUUUAAAUUGGGAUAAAAAUCAACAAAUUCAAGCAGGUCUCAUCCAUGGAAAUAUAGUUCCAUCUUCACCUUUUAGAAAGAGAAAUUUUAGUAAUGCAACUACCACAAAUUCUAAUAGCAGUGCUUAUUCUUUGAACUCACAUUCACCAACUAAUAUCAGUGGAAUGGAAAACAGUUAUAAUUAUAAUAACGAUAAUGAUUCAACACCAAAACGUAGCUUCAGUGGAAUGCUACUAAAUGACUCCAAAGAAAGUUUUGCAUCUUUGUGGACAGAAUUUUUAGAAAAAGAAUCAUCCACAAAAAAAUAAAUCUUUUAGCGCUUUCUUAAUAUUUUAUCUACUUUUUAUCAUUAUCAUUAAAUUUUAAUCAUGAUUUUUACUUCUACUUUUUAAU